AACACUGUUUCACAAAGAGGCUUCGAAGCUUCACGAAGCGCGCAUCAGCCCUGGACUCUUAUUCUGAAACCUUCGCCUUCUGCGUGCUCAUGGCUGGAGAGAUCUUCACUGAAGCGUCACAUUAGCGGAGGAUCUUCCUCAUCCUCUUCCUCAGGUGACUAUUAAAGCAGCCGAGGUCACGAGCACCAUUUCCCACAAUCCUUCACUACAGAUCAGUUGAAUGAAAGCGCACACACUGAAGCGCAGUGCCCGUCUUCACCUCGCUUUGAAUUACUGAUCUUCUCUGGGUUUUGGCUACUCACAGAGGCACUCGGGGAGCUCAUGAAGACUGAACGCGAUGAAGACGCCGCUCAGGAAGAGAGAAGCCCGCAGGAGCCUGACUUCUACAGCCCUGUGUCUCCUGACCCGCAGGAGCCCGUCUCCACCUACUUCGAGGAGAAGGUUCCCAUCCCUGAUGAUGACGGAACAAAGCUGUUUAGCUUUCGUAAACUCUGGGCCUUCACUGGACCGGGUUUUCUGAUGAGCAUCGCGUAUCUGGACCCUGGGAACAUAGAGUCAGAUCUUCAGUCUGGAGCUAUAGCUGGAUUCAAGCUGCUGUGGGUUCUGCUGGUCUCCACCAUCAUCGGGCUGCUGCUGCAGCGGCUGGCCGCUCGACUCGGCGUCGUGACCGGGAUGCAUCUGGCCGAGGUCUGCCACCGCCAUUACCCUAUGGUGCCGCGGAUCAUCCUGUGGCUGAUGGUGGAGCUGGCCAUCAUCGGCUCUGACAUGCAGGAGGUCAUCGGCUGUGCCAUCGCCCUCAAUCUGCUGUCAGUCGGCAGGAUUCCUCUGUGGGCUGGAGUGUUGAUCACCAUCAUUGACACAUUUGUCUUCCUGUUUUUGGACAAGUACGGUCUGAGGAAGCUGGAGGCGUUCUUUGGGUUCCUCAUCACCAUCAUGGCCCUCAGCUUUGGUUACGAGUAUGUGCGUGUGGCUCCAGACCAGGCCGCGGUGCUGAAGGGCAUGUUUGUGCCGUACUGCAGCGGCUGUGGACCUGCACAGCUGGAGCAGGCCGUCGGGAUCGUGGGAGCCGUCAUAAUGCCUCAUAACAUCUACCUGCAUUCUGCUCUCGUGAAGUCACGAGACAUAAACCGAGCAAACAAGAAGGAGGUGAAGGAGGCCAACAAGUACUACUUCAUCGAGUCCUCCAUCGCUCUCUUCAUCUCCUUCCUCAUCAAUGUUUUUGUGGUGGCCGUCUUUGCAGAGGCCUUCUAUGGCAAGACCAACAUGGAAGUGGGUCAGAAGUGUAAUGAAACAGGAAGUCCUCACAGUAAGCUUUUCCCUGCCAACAACGAAACACUGGAGGUCGACAUCUACAAAGGGGGAGUGGUUCUGGGCUGUUUUUUUGGCCCGGCUGCGCUGUAUAUUUGGGCCAUUGGGAUCCUCGCCGCUGGACAGAGUUCAACCAUGACAGGAACCUACUCUGGUCAGUUUGUGAUGGAGGGUUUCCUGAACCUGCGCUGGUCGCGCUUCGCUCGUGUGCUGCUGACGCGCUCCAUCGCCAUCUUCCCCACGCUCCUGGUGGCCGUCUUCGAGGAUGUGCAGCAUCUCACCGGCAUGAACGACUUCCUGAACGUGCUGCAGAGCAUGCAGCUGCCGUUCGCUCUGAUCCCCAUCCUGACCUUCACCAGCCUGACCUCACUGAUGAACGACUUCGCCAACGGACUUGUGUGGAAGAUCAGCGGGGGUCUGCUCAUCCUGGUGGUGUGCGCCAUCAACAUGUACUUUGUGGUGGUGGAUGUGACGGCCCUCAACAGCACCAUCCUCUACGUCUUCUCUGCCCUCCUCUCCAUCGCCUAUCUCAGCUUCAUCAUCUACCUGGUGUGGCACUGUCUGAUCGCUCUGGGCGUCUCUUGUCUGGAUUGCAGAGGUUCGGUUCAGUAUCCCCCCUCCGUUCUUGUGGAUGAACAGCCAGAGUUUGAUUCCUGAGCCAAACAUCCGAUCACGUCCAAAGAAUGAACUACGCUCAUUUGUUCUUCCUAUGUGAGGAACGUCCUUACUGUAACAAACAGCACAAUCCAAAUAUUUGACUUUUUCUUUGUUUCCUUGCAUCAGUUCCUGCUCCAUGGCUCCUUGCUUUGCCAUGUUUUAUAGAUCUACUAUUGUACGUCUGGCCGAACUGAGUUGAGUUCAUGUAAGUGUAGAUCUACUGUGCUCCUCGAAAAACCUGUUUACUACCAACAGCUGCACAAAUAUGGGAUGAAAUCAUUCCUUGCAGAAAGUGCACAGAACGGUCUGUGUACAAUCAGUUUAACAGUUCAAAUUAGACUCUCUAACUUACUAAUGACUAUAAUAAUAACGCAUUUGCUGGUAAAGAGCACACAAGAUGAUUUGAAGUUAUUUAAAGGUUUGUUUUUGUUACCACGAAUAAACCGAUGAAGUGUUUUAUGACCCGUAGGAAUAUUAGCCUACGUUCUGCACCCUAAAACACGUGUUUUAAUACCUGAAUGAAAGAGAAAUGAGUGUUCAUAUUCUUGAAGGAACUGUACAACCAGCAUUGAAAUGAAGAAGCACAUGAGACGCUCAUCAGCUGGUCUGAAAAGGUUAUCAUACCUCAUACAACUGACACGCCAAAAACUGAAAAUAAAGUAAUCCUACAUUUCUGUCAAUAAAUCACCCAUCCACCGUUGACAUUUAAGGGAUAGUUCACCCAAAAAUGAAAAUGGUGUCGUUUACACACCUGUACGAGUUUCUUCUGUUGAACACUAAGGUGAAUAUUUUUGAAGAACAUGGAUAACCAAAUGGUUGACGGUAGCCAUUGACUUCCAUAGUGUGGAAGAAAGUACAGUGGAAGUCAAUGGGGACUAUGUAAAUGAAUUCUUUGAAAUCUUUUCUUUUGUGUUCAACCAAAGAAAGAAAGGUUUGGAACAACUUGGGUGAUAAAUGUUUUCUUCGGCUGAACUAUUCCUUUAAACCAUUUUUAGUUUUUUCUCCCCAUUUCAAAGAUUCUGUUAUUAUCGGCUGUUCGCUUCAUUUAGGUGCAUCACUACUUUAAACUUCUGUUUGGUCAACAGAUUUGCUUCCUUCAUUUGACUGUACUAGCAAGAGUUUAUGAACAAAAUAAAAAGCAAUACAGUUCUAAAAAAAAAAAAGAAGCAACAAAAGUGCCUUUAAUUUUUCAUUUGUCAUAUUCUAAAUUCUGAUGUGUCUUCAUUAGAUGUGACUGUCAUUGAUGGUUAAAAGUUGCCCUCGAUGUCCAAUCAUUUCAUUCAGGUUUUGAGAUGACUUUGAUUUACUGUUUCUGCAUUUGUCUGGUAAUGACAGAUGUAAGUUAUUUUGGUGUAUGAGGCAGAUACUUGUGUUUCUGUAUGUUUUAAACACAUUCCAUGCUGUCAAA